AUGCCGUCCAGAAGGCAGGGACCGAGGCCGGCAGGGAACGAGGGGGGCCGGCCCGCCGGAGGAGACGUGCCUUCACGGCAGCGGUGGCGGCGGCGGCGGCGGCGGCGGCUGGAGACUGAAGGGGAGGAGGUUCGGGGAGGGGAGGGCGCGCGGGCGAGAGCGAGGGAGGGACGGAGCGGCGGCGGGGAGGUGGGGCCGGCGGGCGGGCGGGCGGCUGCAGCAGCCGCCGGCGACUCCGGGGCUCCAGGCUGCGGGGCGGACGCAGCGCUGAGCGAUCCACCGCGGAGCCGCGCGAGGCCGCCCGAGCCCCGAGCCCCGAGCCAGCGCCGCGGCCGCAGCCGCCGCCUCGCGCCGGUCGGUCUCCGGACGCGCCGCCGCCGCCACCGCCGGGAAGGCAGCGGGCGCCGAGCAAGUUGCGAGCGCGCCUCUCCGCCCGGGGGAAAGUUUCCCCCGCGGCCGCCGACGCGAGUUGGCGCGGGGUCCGGCCGCUGCGGCUGGAAGGUAGGGGCCCCGCACCUCCGCGCCCUCCGCGCGCCCCGCCGCCGCGCCCCCCGGGGGACUUGGGGACCCAAGUGCGCCCUCCCCGGUGUGGUAGGGGUUGGGGUGGAAUGGGGCGGGGGGCUCCUAGGAUGGUUCUGGGGAAGCCCGGGAACCGAGUUCUACUUCGGCUAG